UUGAGUCCACCCCUUUUUGCUUACUGCUUUGCUGCUCUUCCCUCUUCAGCCUCUCCUUUUCAUGAGAAACUACUGAAUGUGGAAGAAAGGCUCCACAUUUCUGUAGUCAUGGCACUCUUUUCUUCCCUCACACCACUAUUUAUAGCCAUUAUAUGUGUUUUGAUUGGGGUAAUAAUGAAGAAGACGAAUGGAGAGAAGGAAAAACGUGACACUAAAAGCAAGCAUCCAUCUCGCCCGUGGGUGGAUGAAGAUUUAAAAGAUGGCACUGACCAUCCCUUAGAAGAAGAAGAGGGUGAGGAAGAGUGGCAAGGACUUGAAGAAAACGUUGCCCACGUCCCCUUCACUGGCGAGCGCUACUCUGAGGCUGAAAUGAUUAAGAGGUCGCAGACAUUCUAUGAGCUUCUAAACAAGAGGCGAUCUGUCAGGUUUCUCAGUGAUGAGCCAGUCCCCAGGGAGGUUAUUGAUAAUGUCAUCAGAACAGCAGGUACUUCACCUAGUGGAGCACACACUGAGCCCUGGACCUUUGUGGUAGUGCAAGAUCCAUAUUUAAAACAUAAGAUUCGUGAAAUUGUAGAAGAAGAAGAGGAAAUCAACUAUAAAAAAAGGAUGGGAGACAGAUGGGUUAAUGACCUGAAAAGAUUGAGAACAAAUUGGAUCAAAGAGUACUUGGACACUGCUCCGUAUCUCAUCCUCAUUUUCAAGCAGGUAUAUGGGCGGCUUCCAAAUGGCAAAAAGAAGACCCACUACUACAAUGAAAUCAGUGUUUCCAUUGCCUGUGGUAUCCUGCUUGCUGCACUGCAGAACGCGGGUCUGUACACAGUGACCUCCACGCCCCUGAACUGCGGCCCCCAGCUCCGGGUGCUGCUCCAGCGGCCAGCAAAUGAGAAGCUCCUGCUGCUGCUCCCCGUCGGCUAUCCCAAGAAAGAUGCCACCGUGCCUGCGCUGACACGGAAGCCACUGGAAGACAUCAUGGUGGUCAUGUGAGCCCAGUGCCAGGAGCAGGAGAGCGACCCUGCUGACAGCUGAAGAUGUCACUGCUGUUUCUGUGCAUUGUCCCCCUAUGUCGCUGUUGCUCUGGCUGUUUACACCUCUAUUUCUUUUAGUCCUAGUAAACUACUAACAGCAGCGAGCAGUCAAGCACUGUGCCUUGGACAGCUGUUGUUACCUAUCUGGCCAGGGCAUUGUUCCAGGGAAUAUGUACAAUGGCAUUUAAAUGAUCUCAUCACUUGAUUUUUCUCAUGCGUUGUGGGGACGAAUCUCUUCUUGAACGGGAAUAUAUAUUUUCUUUAUACUUC